AUGGCCUCACCAAGACCAGGGCAGGAUAUCCAAGAGGAAAUCAAAUGUCCCAUCUGCCUGGAGUAUCUGACAGACCCAGUAACACUAGAGUGUGGGCACAACUUCUGUCGAGCUUGUAUCAGUGAUUACUGUGAGAAAUGGGAAGAACAUGAAUCCUUGGAGUGUCCUGUCUGCAGGGCCAAGAUCCAAAAAGGGAAUCUCCGUCCAAACUGGCAGCUGGCAAAUGUAGUAGAAGGCAUUAAACACUUGGAGUUUGUUCCUGGAGCGGAGGAUCUGUGUGUGAGCCACAAGAAGGAACUCAGUCUGUUCUGUGAGGAGGACGGGGUGGCCGUGUGUGUGGCUUGUGAGAGAUCCCCAGAGCACAGUUCUCACAAGGUGCUGCUCAUUGAGAAGGCUUCCCAGAAAUACAAGGAGCAAAUUCAGGAUGCACUGGAGUUCCUGAGGGAAGAGAGAAAAAGGCUUGAAGACCUGAGAGUGAAUGAGAGUCAGAAACACCAAGAAUAUCAGGAAAUGACAAAGGCCGAGAGGCAGAAGGUGGUGUCUGAAUUUAAGCGACUGCACCAGAUGCUCGAGAAACAGGAGCAACUCCUGCUGGCCCGGCUGGCAGAGCUAGAGAGGGAGAUUGAGAAGAGUCAGGAGGAAACUGUCACCAAACUCUCUGAUAAGAUGUCCCAUCUCAACUGCCUGAUUAGGGAGAUGGAGAGCAAGUGCCAGCAGCAGUCAAGGUAUCUCCUGCAGGACAUCAAAAGCACAUUGAGCAGGUGCAAGAAGGAGCAAUUUCAGCUUCUAGGAGGGAUUUCCCCCGAGCUGCAAACCAGACUCAAUAACUGGUCUGAAUUAAACCUAAGGGAGACUUUUAGCCUGCUUCAAGACAGUGGCAAGGUGUGUCCUGACUUCACCAACCAUAGAAUUAAGGAGUUUGUAAAGCACAUCCCUGUUAGUGGCUACUUCACCAAUAUCCUUGUAUACAUCUUCUGUGACCAUAUUGUUUUUCCAGACAACCUGCAAUCUUACCUGGAGAAGGGCUCAUACUCCAAGGUGAUGGUGACUCUGGAUCCACACACGGCUCAUCCCUGUCUUGUUCUUUCUGUGGAUUGGAGAAGUGUGAGACGUGCAGACACACAGCAGCAUCUGCCCAAUAAUCCUGAGAGAUUUGACAGGCACUGUUGUGUGCUGGGCCGUGAAGGAUUCACCUCGGGGAGACACUGCUGGGAGGUGGAGGUGCAGGAAUGGGGAUUCUGGGCCAUGGGGGUUGCCAAAGAGUCUGUGAAGAGGAAGGGAAAGAUCCACAUUAGCCCUGAGGAAGGGAUCUGGGCUGUGCAGCGUGGGCUUGGUCAGUUCCAGGCUCUCAUGUCCCCUCAUCCCACCCCCCUGUCCCUGCGCCAGGCACCCAGUAGGGUGCGGGUGUGUCUGGACUAUGCAGGGCGGCGUGUGUCUUUUCUCGAUGCUGAUACUGAGGAUCCAAUCUAUGUCUUCCAGCCAGCCUCAUUCAAUGGGGACAGAAUUCGGCCCUGGCUCUGCCUGGGUGGUGUUGAAGUCAAGCUCAGACUGUGUCACUGAAAUGGGGGUGGGCAGGGGAGAUGUCCCGCAGGGAAUGAUGGACUUGUCCACUCCAGCCUCCUGCUGUCUGUGACCCAGGGGGGAUCCCCUCUCCCAGCCCCCAUGGCUGCACCUCUGUCACUCUUGGAGCUGCAAUGGGUAACAGGGCACAGUCUGGAUACACAGUCCCACUGCAGCCGGUGUCACCAGGCUGGUUUGUUGCUGCAUGCUAUAACUCUGGAGGACUCCAGCAAGGCUGACCGUGCAGUCCCUCUUUUUGGAAGCCCCUGCUGGAGAGUCUGUGCCCUCCCUCCCAGUCUAUAGCAGCCCAUGGGAUCUCUGCAAAGCCCUGCAAAGUGCCCCUUGGCAUCUUCUGGUCAGGGAGGCCCCUGCUGCAGGACAUGUGUAGGGCUGUGUGGGGUGAGGAGCUGAGCCCUGACAGGACCUGCCCAUGGGGAACUGCUGACCUGGUUUGAAUUUGGGUUGGUUUCAGUCUGCAUCCAAGGCUUCUGGGUAGGGGUUUUCAGAUCUCAUCAGUGCCCCAGAUCCCAUCAGGUGUAGUUGCCUCAGUCUCCUCUGUCAACAACAGCUCCACUGCACUGGACACUUGCACUAUUGACAGAAGCAGAAAUUUGAACAAACACCUUCACUUUUUAUUUUUAAAUGCCUUUGACUCCUUGGUGUUAAAUUUCCCCUUUUUCUCCCUGCAUCUCACUGCCCUGGUUC